AAUUACACUUUUUUCGUCUGCUAAGGUCAAAAAUGUUUAAGCUUAAAGCGCCGACAUCUAGUUCUGUCCCUGGAAAAAAGAAGUUGCCACCACCAACGGAUGAGACUGUAGCGAAACGCAGGAAAUAUGAGCAGCAAGAUAAAGAGCGUGUUUAUCAGAAAUGUUGGGAGGUUGGACGGGAAUGGCUUGUUUAUAUAUCUGAAAAGAAAGUAAUGAAAUGUCAAAUAUGCAGCCAGUACUGGGAUUUAGAAAAAAGAAAGUCUCUUAGGCCUGAGGCAAUCCAAUGGCUGGAAGGGACUGACAUUCUCAAAAAAGACAGUGUUGUCAAACACGAGAAGACAAAGUACCAUGAAACGGCUGUGUUGUCUGGUGAGAAGUCUGUCCAGGAAAUUCAUACAUCAAAAGCAGCAGAAGCCCUCAAACAACUUCGGGAGGCUGACAGAACCCAAAUGAGUUACAAAUUCAGAAAUGCCCAUGCUGUGGCAAAGUGGGAUCUGUCACUCAAAUCUUAUGCUCGUCUGUGUGAGCUCGAUCAAGCAAAAGGCCUCAAAAUGAAUAACACAUAUCAAAAUGAUAUGUCAGCAAAGCAUUUUAUUGAAUAUCUUGCAAAGGACACACUAUCUUUCAUCCGUAGAGAGGUUGACAAAGCUAACUACCUCUCUAUAACUGUAGACGGGAGUAGUGAUGCUGCAGGCAUAGAACAGGAAUCGAUAUAUGUGCAUUUUGCCAGAGCUGGAAAAGUAUAUCAAAGGUUUAUUUGCUUUGCCUCCCCCGUGACAACUGCCUCUUGUGACAUUUAUGACACAAUUGUAGAAAGUUUGGACAGCUACUUGCCAGGAGCACGUGAUAAACUUGUAGGUCUGACAUGUGACGGAGCUUCCAAUAUGUUAGGUGUCCACAAGGGAGUUGGAGCUCUGCUGCUGAAGGAAAAGCCUGGCUUGGUAAUAACUCACUGCCUUGCCCAUCGGCUAGAAUUAGCCAUAAAAGAUGUGUUUAAGACAAACAAGACAUAUGACAAAGCAAUGACUUUAUUAGUUGGUGUGUUCUACUGGUAUAAACGCAGUUCCAAGCAACAAAAAGAACUAGCUAGAACCUUUAAAGCUCUUAAUCCGAAAUCAGUGCCAUUGAUGCCAACCAGAGCAGGCGGAACAAGAUGGGUUUCUCAUAUGAUGAAAGCCAUCAACACAUUUCUCAGGGCCUACGUCCCUAUCACAACACAUCUUGGACAUGCCUCCAACAGCAACAGCAAGGCUGAAGGUCUGCACAAGUUGGCAACAUCAAUGACCAUUAUGGUUUUCCUGGUUGUACUGAAGAACAUUCUAGAGCCAGUCAGUCGUAUGUCGAAGCUGCUGCAAGACCCAACAACUACUCUAGGCGAUGUGAAACACAUGAAGCAGUCAACUCUCCAGAGUUUAUCAGAUCUUGAGGUUUGCCAAAGUGAUGAGGAAGAUGUUGUCAGAACAAUCAUGGAGAGUCAGACCUACAAAGGGGUCAAACUUACCCAGAAAGGGAUUUCACCAAAUAGCUAUCAAAAUGCUCUAGCAAACUCAGUAUCUGAAGAAAUCUCUGCAAGAUUGUCUAAUGAUGAUGAUUUGUUAGAAGCAUCACAGAUAGUAAAUUUCAAAAUCUGGCCUAGUCAUGACGACCGGAAGGCUAUACAGGGGUUUGGUCGGAAUCACAUCACUGAGCUGUCCAAGCGUUUUCCUGCAAUAGAUGAGGAAGCAGUGAAAGUAGAGUUUCAACUCCUGAAGAAUCUGCUGUAUUCAAGGUAUGGUGCCCAAAUUAAAGAGCUGCAUUGGGAAGAUGCCGCUAGUGUUUUAAAUGGCCAUGGGGUUGAUCAGGCUUUAGAUAUGGUUGACUUGAUUCUGAGCCUCCCACCUACUUCAGUAUUCAACGAGAGAUCUUUCUCACACAUGAAACUGAUGAAGACAGACAGGAGAUGCCGUCUGAAGAGCAGCACCAUGUCAGGCUUGUGUUUGGUAAAAUUGGAAUCUGCACCUGUGGCAUCAUUUGACCCAACAUCAGCAAUAGAUCUUUGGGCUACCUCAUCUUCCAGACCCAGGCGUCCGAACUUCAUGAGAAAGAAGACAAAGGCAUCAACAACCGUUGAUGAGGUGUCAACUGAUGUGGACGUACCUCUGGAUGGAGCUAGAUCUAUUGACACUGACAGUCUUUCCGAUGAUGAGAGUGACGAUGAUGAGGAUGAUGAUGAUGUUGAUGAUGAUGAAAACUUCGAAAAUAAUGAAAAUAACAUUGCAAAAUAUUGUAAAGAACUCUCAGAGUCAGAUGUCAUGGAAUAAAAGUUUGAAACCUGGA